AUGCACCACGAUGGGUACGUCGCAGCGGCGGCGGCGCCUCCGCUGGCCCUUGCUGCAUCGCCGACGCUGGAGCCGGAGCAGGAGCCAAAGUGGACCCGCAGGGACGACAAGUUCCUGGAGCUGCUGCUCUUCAACCGCAACACCAUCUCCCUCCACAUCGCCUCCAGCAUCAUCGGCAAGACGCCGGCCCAGAUUCACCAGCGGUGCACCUUCAUGUUCGCCGAGCUGAGCCACGUCCUCGAGUCUCUGGAAGUGUUGACGCCGCUCGUGUGGGACAUGGAGAUUGCUGCUAUGGCCGCGGCGGCGGAAGAAGAAGUAGUGCCCGAGGCCGUGGUGCCCGCUGCUCCACCAGUUGCAGCGAGGAAGAACUCUGCUGAGCGGGCAAUUGGUGCCGGCGGCGCUAAACGCAAUAAGAAGGCGGCUGAGAAGUGGACGGAAUAUGAGCACAGACUUUUCUUAGCGGGCCUGCCCUUCUAUAGAGGCAAUUGGAAUGCGAUGUCGAGGGAGUACCUGAUGAGCAGGACUGCGAGCCAGAUCGCCAGCCAUUACCAGAAGUACCGGAACAGGGAGAAAUAG